CUAGUACUUAGGUACAGCCCUCCUCCUCAACUCUGAGGCUUUUCCUGGUGAGAUAAUACCUCAGAAUAACCCCGGACGCUGAGGUGCGCCGGCCGCACCGUAGUGUAGCGCGAGAAAGAAUCGCCAGAUUCAAGUUACCCCGCUCUUCGGCACAAGAUGGACGUUGACUACCAGAUUCAGUGGACAGAGCGACUUCCACCGGAGAUCUGGCAAAUCGUUCUUCGCUCUACAUCCUUCAAAACGACUCGAGAUUGCUUAGGCGUAUCCAGGCUGUUUUACAACAUAGCGGUCCGCGAGGUCUUCUCGUCACUCCGUAUCCACUUCGGCUCCUGGGAGGUCGCUUGCGCAUACACCGACGAAGCCUCAGAAGGAGACAGCGAACGCAAAACGUGUGGUUUGCUCCUACGCAUCGUCACCGACCCCAUCUUCGCAUCUUAUGUCAAACAUCUGGACAUCCUCGCCUUCGCGGACAAGCUAGCACCUUUUGAGAUGCACAGUCUUACCAAGGCCAUCGGUGCAAUGUCCAAUCUGCGUACGUUCAGAUGGCACACCGUUCACCAGACGUUCACGUUGCCCAGUAACGACCUUCUGGCAACACUGGCCUUGACUAGCGGUCGUAUUUGCGAAUAUUCUCUUCCCAUCCAGUGUUUAGAUGCACUGCAAAGCCUCAAGCGAUUGCCGGCAACGAGCCUCUCCCUGCAACUGGUGCACCCGAAUACUCCAGACGCAGAAUCGGACCUGCACGACGUUUACCGCACGACCCUUGCGCUGCUGUUCGAAGCAUACCGAGGAUCCCUGACUCAUCUCUCCGCGCCAAGUCAGGUAAUCUGGGGAUGCCCGAUAUCCACUCUCCAGGAUUUAACACAUCUAUCAAUCAACCACGCUGAGCAUCUCAGCAACAUUGCUCUCCUCUUCCAUCAUUGUAUCCGGCUCGAAUCUUUAGACAUUCAGUACCCCCGCAAACCACCGACGGAUCUCUAUAAAGCUCUGGCAGCCAAUCCCGCGGCGCUCCCUCAUUUAACACACCUCAAGCUUCGUCUCUACCCUCCCAUGAAUCGGUCGCAACUGAAGGCACUGGCUAAAUUCAUUCGGUCGAAGAAGAAACUGCGGUGUUUCGACUUCAGCGACUGGAGCAGCAGCAUUGAAGAGCUCGCUCCUGUCCUGUCGGUUAUUGAGUCGUUAUCAGGCCUGGAAGUCCUAGGUAUCGACAUUGCAUUCGAGGCUACCCUUGGACACAAAGACGUGGCUAUCAUGCGACGUACAAUCCCCAAGACCAUCACGGCGCUACGUCUCCGGCUCGUGUAUUCAGAGAUGAACAUGGUCGAGCCGCCGCCGAAGGACCUCCCAUGGCUCGAAUUGUGGGCAGGGCUCCCGAAGCUCGCCUUCGCGCACGUCGAUGAUGACGAACCAACAGUGUGGUAUGACGACCUCGCUCAUGCUAUCAAGACUCUGGAGCUUGUGGGCCGUCGCUCGGACUUUCGCGGGGUGGAACGUAUAGACGGGAAGGUUGUACUCGGUGACUACUGGUCCGACACGAAGGUCCACUUCCGAACGGUCCAGGACUUCGGGUGCGAAGACUGGGAAUGGUUGAUGCGAGGUCAUGAUCUGCUGGACGACACCAAUUAUUGAACGGCGGGAAGGUUCAAGAAUACCGGCGAAGCGUCAAGUGAAGUGAGCCCAUCGAACAAAGUUUUCGGCUGGACCAUCGGGUACGGUCUGAUUCGUGCUGCUCUUCCGUACGGGACUGUAUUUCUCCAAGGCGCUGGCGCAUAGUGUUGCGUAAAUAGAGUUGGUCCUGUGCCCAUAUGCGCGGUCUAUCAACAAGCCAAAUGUAAUCGAUUGCCAAUUGGUGGCCACGAUCUUUCGCCAUGAACUCAUCGACUGUUUUUUGGAGUCAGUGUCCGGCGCUUAGUCACUUCUAG